GCAAGCCGUCGCGACGCCAUUUGCUGCAGCCGAGUGUGGGCGCAGGCGGAUCUCGGAAGAACUCGGUUUCGAGACUCUCCCGCGCACGCGACCCGGCCACGCUUGCCUGCUUGGUACAGCGCGGUCCCACGCGUCGCCCUUGGGGCCCUUCGGAAGAGUCGCCGCCGCCACCUCCGCCGCCGCCCCCACCACCACCACCCGAAUAGGAGUCGGAAACGCCGGGAGGCCGCCGUCACAGCCAUGCCCAAGAAUAAAGGUAAAGGAGGUAAAAACAGACGCAGAGGUAAAAAUGAGAAUGAAUCUGAAAAAAGAGAGCUGGUGUUUAAAGAAGAUGGACAAGAAUAUGCUCAAGUAAUCAAAAUGUUGGGAAACGGACGAUUAGAAGCGAUGUGUUUUGAUGGUGUAAAGAGGUUAUGUCACAUCAGAGGAAAAUUGAGGAAAAAGGUUUGGAUAAAUACCUCAGACAUUAUAUUGGUUGGGCUCCGAGAUUACCAGGAUAAUAAAGCUGAUGUAAUUUUAAAAUACAAUGCAGAUGAAGCUAGAAGUUUGAAGGCUUAUGGCGAGCUUCCAGAGCAUGCCAAAAUCAAUGAAACUGAUACUUUUGGUCCUGGGGAUGAUGACGAAAUUCAGUUUGAUGACAUUGGAGACGAUGAUGAAGACAUUGAUGAUAUCUAAAUUGGAUUCAUCGUUUUACAUUCCAGUUUCUUUGUGGAUUGUUCCAACAAUUUGGAUUUUGGCUGUGACCUGUUAAAGAAGAUUAAAAUUUUCAUUAGCAUGAGUGCAAUUUGUUAAAGCAGACUGAUUUGUUUCUAAGGUAUUUCUUUAAAUCUGGUAAUGCUGAAUUCUCUUAAGUGAAAUGUUAAGCCCCCUUUCUUCUUUUGAUGUACUGGAGCUUAUAGGUAAAAGACCACAUAUACUAUUUUUUAAAAAGAGGAGAAAAAUGUAUUAUUGCCUUUCCUACUUUGACCACUUCCAGUAAGUAAAUGACUGUUCCAAAUAAACCAUUUACCGUACAUUCAUUAUGGAUCAUGUUUAAGCCCUAACUUUGACUAGCCUUUUGACUGUACAUUGACUCUCUGUAUAUUCCAGUUACUUAGAUGUUCCCUGGAGAUUUUGAUACAACUUAAAAGAGGCAGAAAUCUGCAUUUGAAGUAAAAGAAAAAAUGAUUAGGUCUGUUUUUCAUAUUUAAGUAGUGUGUGGCUGUUUUUGUACUAAUUUUGAUAAUCACUUACAUUCUUUCAGAACCUUAUUUUGCCAUUAAACGUAUCAAUAAAAAAGCAUUUACAAAAUGCAGGUUUUAGAACCUGGGUUUUAAUGGCAAUUUUCAAUUUGUAAGGUUAGUAGUUACAGGAAUUAAACAGUAGGUGGCACCCAGUCAUCUUAACAUUGAAAUAUUUUCUAGCUGUCAUUUUUUUUUCUUUCUACGCUUAGGAAAUUUCCCAAACAAGAAAAGAUUGUUUUGAUCAUAUGCAUGUAUGUAGAAAAUUUUUAAAGAACAAAACUAUUGUUAAAAGUGUCAUUUUAUUUCAGAAGUCAUAUACAUAGAAGCUGCAAUUUUGAGUGCUUUGUAAACACUUAAAGUAUAUAUAAAUGAAAUUUUAAUUUCCUAACAACUGUAUAAUUAAGCCUUUUUCAAACCAUCCCUAAACUGGUUAAAAAAAAAAAAAAAAAGAGGGAAUAACAAUUUACUGAGAAGAUGGGUUCUCCUUUCUGGAUAGAAGAGCUACAGCUAAGAAAUAUAAUAAAGACAAUGUCAUGCUGCAGAGUAUAUUAUACCCUUA